AAACAUUCCGGGUGGAAACAGAGCAAAGUUAGAAUUAGAAAAGUUACACACGUUAAAGAUGACUGUUUCUGAAAAGACGAUAAGAUCCUGGAGAUGCAGGGAUCCUUUCCCGAGUAUUAGAGCGGCAGGGAAAAAUGUACCAGACGGAGACAGGGCAUGGGAUUGUCUGCAGGAAAUAAAACAAAGGCCUAAUACACCCCUGCUGGUUCGGAAGUUCCUCAAGAGUAGACAUCCGGAGCCAGGAACAGUGUGUGUGUCCGUCGGGAAAGCAAAUGACCCUGAUAUCGCCAGUACUCUGGUGCAUGGGAGACGCUCAGGGUCAUCUAUCAGUGCUCAACUUCUGAUCAGCCCACCACUUAAGACCCACUACCACGAGAGGCUGAGAGAGCUUCAGGAGGCGAUUUAUAGCAGCAGAAAAAAAGCUCCAUUAGGACAGUCCCAGGUUUUAGGUCCAGGUCUACCAAAUGAUCUUGAUCCUGAAACGACAACUUUUGGUUUUAAACCACUUUAUGAAUUUACUGCUGGCGAACUAGUUAAUCCGCAAAAAAAAACAGCAGAGCAAAUAGAACAAGAAGUGCAAGAACCUCAUGAGCAAUACCUCCGCUCGCACAAUUCCUACUUUGUUGGUGAGCGUGUGAACAGGAAAUAUGACGUGAGGAGUUACAAGGAGAACAGCAGGUUUGGUAUGGUCACUCCACACAACAAUGAUGGACACAACGUCAGAAAAUCACUCCAAUGGCGCUGCAAUACACAAAUGAACCACAGCGCAAAGUUUGUCUCAAAGCGAUGUGACGACUUCCGAGAGAGGACGCAGUCGCAGAUCGGCAAAGUGCGCGACCCAAUCGCAGACACCAUGGGAGUUCCGGCUGACCACACGUUCGGAGCGCCGCCGCGUCCAGACGACUUCGGUGCAGCAGAUGCCCUGCACUCCACACCACCUUUAGAGCACAGGAAAGGCCAGGACAGAAGUAGCACGCUGGUCAGUGCCGUACGUCAGCACCUGAAGAAGGCCAACUUCCAAAACUUCAACUCUUUGCUGCAAGCAUUCAGACACUACGACAAGAAAGCCCAGGGAGGUAUUGAUAAGGAGGACCUACAGGACAUGUGUCAUGAGUUUAACCUGGACCUUAGCACAGACAUCCUGGACGAUCUUAUGGACUACUGCGAUGUUGAUAAAGAUGGGCUAAUUAACUUCCUGGAAUUUGCAAACUUCCUUAAUUGGAAGGACAAAAUGCCAAUAAGUAGAGCAGAGCAAAGGAUUUUGACAGAGCGAAAGCCCAGCACGACCCUGGCUGUCAGCAUGAGAACUGAGAUUCAGGAAGCGGACGCAGAGAAACAGACUGGAACUGAAAGUCUGGCCAAGUGUGAAGACCUGGAACCCGUGAAGGUGGGGAGCUCUUUGAAAACCCCUAAAACACUGAGCAGAACCCGAGCAGAGCCAGAGCGCAUCAACACAUCAUCCUCUGCCAUCUGCGCCAUCACGGGUGAGCUGGCUGCUAACAAUUACAAUCGCACAUAUGGCGUUCCAUCGGUGCGAACGGAUCUGGCUGCCCCACGUAUCAAGCGCAUCAGUGACCGAACAAACUACGGUGAAGAGGGCACGGCGUAUGCAUUACUGUUUCCCACACUGUACUCUCUAUUCGGGGUGGAUGAGAGACAUUUCUUUUGCCCUCGCACCAAGGAAGAGAUGAAGCAGAUUUUCCAGAACGUCGACCUGCAUAUUCCAGAUCACAUGUUUGAGGAGGCCUGGAGCUUGACUUCCAAAAGACACCCAACUGGAGAAGUGUGUGUCGAGAGUUUUCGAACUUGUCUCAGUGAGCUGCAGGCAAAUUAGAAAAAGGAUUUCUAUUUUUCAGUAUUGUUUCGAUACAGUACGACGCAAAUAGCUGCUUCGUUUGUGAGUUGAAUUUAAGUCAUCUGGAGUUAGUUUUUAGAUUUCUGAUUCUGAAUUUAUUGAUCCGUCUAUCGCAAGAUUUAUUGAGAUAUCUACUGUUUUGCAAUAUAGCCCUAUUUAUCUGUAGUGUCUUACACUCACGUGCACAUAUAUACAUUCAUCACUCAAUAUAUAUACAUACAUACAUAUCACUCAAAUAUAUGAAUGAAAAAAUGCAUUUUUUUUGCUCAGUCUCAC